AUGGCGGCGGCGGCGCCCCACCGGCUGCGGCACUGGUGGAGGAGGCGUGGUGGAGAGGGGGGUGUCUUCGUCGCCUUCGGCCUGGGAAUUCUCCUUCUGGUGUUCUUCUUCGCUCUUGUCUCGCGGAUUCGCGGGAGUAUCAACGACGGCGGCACCGUUGCCCUGCUUGGACACGCCGGCGACGAACUCGUCCCCCUCAGGGUUUUGCGCAACGCUGGGAAGAAGGGCGCCGGUACGAUUCUGAAUCAUUGGGGAACCAUCGCCGGUAGAUGGAAACUUACGAAUCUUGUGGGGUUCUGAUUGCAGUUUGCUUGGAUGGAAGCGCCCCCGGCUACCACAUCGAGACGGGUUUCGGAACUGGCCUCGACAGUUGGGUGAUCCACUUAGAAGUAGGCUUCUGGAUUUCUGCGUUAAUUGUUUAUUGCCGGGCUAUGCUUCUGCCGUGGCUUCACUUCGCCUGUAUACGAUGAUUCGAUCUGAAGCUCUGUAUCGACUUGUGCCCUUAUCAGAUCUCAUUUUCUGGUGAGGAUAUAGGGUGGAGGCUGGUGCAACUCAGUUGAUUCAUGCUCUUCACGGAAGAUGACUCUGUAUGGGUCUUCAACCCUCAUGGACAGACUGGUUCCUUUUCGUGGCAUUUUGAGUCGUAACCAGUCGCAAAAUCCUGGUAUUUUGACAUAAAUCCUUUUGACAGUAUGACAUUUCGAGUUUCAGAUAGUGUUUAAACUUAAUUCUCUUCUCAUUCGUGCUAUGGAGUUAUUUUCUCGCCUCUCCUGCUUGCGAGGAUAGACAUAAAUUGCUAUGGAUAGACAUGUUUCAUCGAGCCUCCGGAGUCUCUGAGAAAAGAGUUUUGAAAUGCCUCCUUUAUCUUUUCAGAUUUUUAUAACUGGAACAGAGUAAAGGUGCGCUACUGUGAUGGUGGGUCUUUCUCUGGAAAUGUUGAGGGUGAAGUUCAUGUAAGUUUUGCAGUGAUAUCGGAUGGCUUCUUGAAGCAGCUUGCACUAUAUUUCUCCUCAUUAUUUACGAUUUUCUCGUGUGAAAAAUGUUGCCACCAAGCUUACCAUUUUUACAUGAUGGUGAACUAGAAUGGAACGAAGCUCUUUUUCAGGGGCCAGCGUAUCUGGGAAGCAAUCAUGGAUGAUCUUAUGGCUACUGGAUUGGCCACUGCCAGGCAGGUCAAUUCGUUGUUUCUAAUUUAUUGACGAACAUUAUUAUAUUGUUCGUUGGUGAUAUAUGCGUGCAUUAUAUUGUUCUUGUUUGGUAUUUCAUUUUAUUACUGUAUUCGACUUUCAUACUGAGGUAAAUAACCCCACAGAUUUUCUUCAUAAUCCCGUCAGCAUGGCCGUUCUUUUAUGGCUUCAAAUGAGUUCCGAUUGUUCCAUGUUUUAUGAAGAAUAAUAUACUGUUAGGAAUUUGCAAUUUUGAUAUAAGAAGUCACGGCACGAACAAUGUUGAGCCAUCUCGUUUGUUACAAAGGGAACGGCUAAGGGUUUGACUUUGGUAUUAAAAAAGUCAACCUUUUGUUUGGGCGAUAGCCAAACUUAUUCUUAUACUAGAAACCCAGUCAAAAAUAUUUCACAAAGGAGAGGUACUUUUAUGGGAUUAUAAUUUUUCUUUCUGUUUCCUUCAUUUUAUAUAUAGAUUGGAGGAUUCAUACAGAAAUACGGAAUGACCAAGGAAAAUUCUUCUGAGGGGAUCGUUCGAAUAAGGAAUGCUUUCUCUUAGACAAAUGUUCUGAAAUAUGCCUCAUCUUAGUAACAAUUGCACAAGUUGAAAUUUUGAUAUAGAUUGGCUCUCAUCCAUCAGUAUACUUUUCCUUGCAUGCCGUGAUUUCAGUUUAUCACUGUCACCUUAGGAUACUGCAUUGGAUUUGCCUACUGGAUUAUUGAUCCUUGGUUUUCAGACUCUAUCAGAGAUUCAAGUGAACAACAAUAUUCGAGCACUCUUGCCGAAUUGGGGCUCAGAACUACAACCUUACCUCAUUUGACAUUUGAAAUUAAAGGGUCUCCAAACCUUUGGGCCACCCUAGCACCUAAUUCAUGCUAGAUGGGUGGGUAAUUCAUCAUAAGAACAAAGAGAGCUAAUGGUUCUAAUGGUGACUUGUUCGAUGAAAGGGCUGACCAAACUACGAUGUUUCAAGGAUCAUAUGGGAGAAAUUGCAACACGUAGAUCUGAACCUGUUGGAGUCUCACUAUGGGAGUACCGAUCAGUACCCAGUGGUGUUAAGUUCUAUCUAAUGUUGGAGAACUGGUGAGAGACAAAAGUACCAGAUUCACUAGCGAUUUACAAACAUAUAAAUAAAAAAUUGAUUUCUAGUAUUUUAUUCUCUCUAGAUUACUUGUCUUGUGUAGUGCUUUGUCCAAACACAGGUCCAUGAUGGGAGACGCAGACCGGCUUUGGAGAAAUCCUUGUUUAAAGUAUGAAUUCAAUGAAAAAAUCAUGCGAAACAGUUAUUAUCAUUGCUUUUGACAUGAAGGGGCUUUAGUUAUCUCUAUGACCUUUCCUCGUUAAAAACAGCCUCUAAAGGCUCUUGCUACCCCACACAUCUUCAGCUUCGUUGUCUAUUGGUUGAAGCUUUAGUAUCGAAUAAUUUUGCUGUCCAACAUUCAAAUUCGUUCGCAGAUCAUCUGUGAAGCUUCCUAUGAUUGGUUUAUAAUCAACUGUCUUUUCAGGCUCUUUUGACGGGUUGUUCUGCUGGAGGCCUGGCAACUUUCAUCCACUGUGAUGACUUCCGAGCGCGUCUGUCUGGAGAUGUCAUUGUCAAGUGUUUAGCAGACGCUGGUUUUUUUCUUGAUGCGUACGCUUUCUUUACACAUUCAUUCCAUCCUUAAUUUUUAGUCUAAGAAUUUAUGUUAAUUUUCAGUCACGUUGGAUUUUUUAUUUUUUUCUUAUUUUUAAGAGGGUACUGCUGAUAAUCUCGUCCUUUGUUCUGUCAGAUUUCUCUCCUUCAAUUCAGUCCCAACCCCAAUUACAUGCUAAUUAUACUUUGAUUUAUUCAAUGCAGAAAAGACAUUUCAGGGACAAGCACAAUGCGGUCCUUCUAUCAUGACGUGGUCCAACGUCAUGUACGAUCUCUUGCUUGCUUCUGCUUUCAAUAGAAUGUGUUUAUUUUGAGAAACUAUUCUCUAGCAAUCUGCUGGUGGGAAUGGUUUCCAUGUAAGUUGACGAUCCCCGAUUGACUCCCCACAAAAAACCAUGUGGAAUAACCCAUGAAUGUCUUUUUUCAGUUUAUUAUCGGAAAUUAUAUUAAUUAAUAAAUUCUGUUUCAGGGUAUUGGAAAAAAUCUACCCAAGGAUUGCACCAGGAAGAAAGAACCAUCCCAGGCAUGCCUGCAAUCUCCUCAUAAGUUAAAUGCCAUUCCACCGGUUUUCUUCCCCUCACAUGGUUUUCUUUCUUUCUUGGAAUGAACAGUGCUUCUUUCCUCAGGAGAUCAUCAAAUCCGUAACCACCCCGCUCUUUGUUCUCAACCCAGCCUACGAUUUCUGGCAGGUGAAGCCCCCCAAAAGUCAUACUCCUUAGCAGAAAGCAUUGGCAUACUAUCCCUGUGGGUUGACAUUCUAGACUGCUUCAGAUACAGCACAUUUUGGCACCUGCGGGAUCGGAUCCUAAUGGAUUGUGGUCAAACUGCAAGAAAGAUAUUGUCAACUGCGACCCCAACCAGAUGGAAACGCUGCAGGGUCAGCGUCUUCACCAGAAAUAUAUAUUUUCCAAAUCUGGGUUAUAUUUAUAUUUAUUGUUAUCAGUGAAACUGCUUCUACUUGAUCAUCCCAGAAUUCAGGAGAGCAAUGAUCAACGCGCUGGAGGGUUUUCGUCAGAAGAAGGAUGGUGGACUUUUCUUGGGCUCCUGCUAUGUACACUGUCAGACUUUGUCGGAUGUAACGUGGCAUUCAUUCACCUCUCCGAGGAUUGGCAACAAGGUAUAGAUCCUUACUUCAUUGAGUUUUGACCUAAUCUUUUGGGUGAUAUAAUGAGAGAAAAAUGGCCCCGGAUGUUUGACCAAAAGCCUCAUCAGAGUUUUGACCUAGAUAGGCUAGAGACGACCAAGCCUUUAUUGACUUAAUCUUUACUGGUGGGUAAGUGGAUUCAGAAGUCUAAGAUCGGAGGAAGCAAGACCUUGUCUUAUUACAUUAUAGCUGAAUCGUUUUUCCUUCUCUACAGACAAUUGGCAGGGCUGUGGGAGACUGGUACUUUGGCCGUGGAGUGGUAGAGGCAGUGGAUUGCCCCUUCCCGUGCAAUCCCACCUGCUACAAUAUGAAGUUUGUCUAG